ACCUCUGUCACUCAUUGGCUCAAUUACAACGUACACCUCCUGUUCAAAUCCUUACUUAGGAACGGUACCUUUAAAGGAAGUUUCUUAAUAAAUGAUUGAAGCCUUACUCAUUCCUUGUUACAACAUAAAUAGGAAGUUCAACUGGAAGUUCGUUUAUAUUCCGGUCUGAUGAUUACAUGUACCAAGACAGAAAGGCCAAUAUAAAUCAUGUUUGGUUACCAACAUAAGAGAACUAAACAAGUAAGUGCCUUUGCACAACAUUAUAUUGAGUGUGCAAACUGUGAGGAACAACCUGCUCAGUAUCUUUGCAAGACAUGCCCUGGAAAUCUCUGUGUAGAUUGUAAAAGGGAUCAUAUGAGAAGAAAGAUUAGUAAAAACCAUACCGUCGUGCCACUGACUGCCGAUGAAACAAGAAAAUUAAUAUUUCCUAACUGUGUUGAACACAAAGAGAGGAAGCUUGAAUGUUACUGCACUGUUUGCAAAGCGCCAGUAUGCAUGGAAUGUAUGAUGGGAGCACAUAAUGGUCACAAGGUAGAUAAUCUCGAGAUGGUCUUUGAAAAGAUUCGACACUACAGAGAGAAAGCAAAAGAAGAAGUUGAAUCACUUCUGCCAUGUUAUCAACGUAUGUUACUCGAAGAAGAAAAAAAGAAAACGGAAUUAAACAACAACACGGAUAUCAUUCAGAAACAAAUAGAGAAACAUGCCGACAGAAUUGUACAGACAGUUAUGAAAAUCAAAACUAAAGCCAUAAAAAACUUAGAGUGUGACAAACAGGACGCUUUAAAAAGAAUGAAAACGACACAAAAAAUCUUAUAUGACAGAACUGAGUGUUUGAAACAAAUUUAUGCUGAUAUCAAAUCCAGAUUAACCACUAAAAUUGGAGUGGAACAUUUUCAGGAAGAAAAACUAUCUUCAAUUCGGGAAAUGCACACUUUUCCAGACAGGUACACUGUCAGUGUUAAGAAUUUAACGCCAGGAAACAUAGACAUUAUAUCCAGAAUUUUUGGAGAUAUCGAACAUUUUGUGGAGGUUAAUGCUAAAGGAAAUUAUAAGCAAAAGAUAAGAAUUACGGAAGAGGAAGCUAAGAAGUGUGCGUUGUUCGGAAUUCAUAAAAAGUGCGAAAAAAGCUUGGAAUGUGAAGACUCAAACAAACAUGGAAAAUACACAAGGGAAAAAGGGUCAUUUGGAUAUAGAUCUAGAACGAUGUCCUUUUAAAUUCAGCAGAGCUGCAACCAUAGAUCCAUUGUGCUACUCUCUACGAGCAAUUUGUCGAGCAAUUCGUAGACAUUAUUAGAAAUGCGCUCUACCCUGCUGGUUUCUAUGACUUUAGAACGUCCCGUUAGUGAGAGAGUCUUGGAUUUAAGAAGUGCUGCCUGGUAAAGAAACAAAACUACGGAAAUUCCAUUCGUAAGGGGUUGGUGUAAAUAUUGUUUCCAAUGAUAUUUUGGGAGUGAAAAAUGUUGAUGCAGAAAGUAGACCUUUAGUAUAACAUUACUUUAUUACGGCAAUGCAAAUUUUAUUCAAGCAUUGUUUUUGAAUUCAACUCAUUUCUAGUGAUCAAAAUAUUAAACUCUAAAAACACUAGGGAUGUGAUCAGGUCCCAUGGAGAAGUAAGCAUCCCCUAUUGACUGGUCACACCCUCCGUGUGUCUUUGUCAUAUUCAGACAAAUGAAAAAAUCUAUAGACAAUUUAAAAAAAAUGGCCUAAGAAUUUGCGUAAAAAAGUCAGUCAGAAGAUACUUUUGCUGAGGAGGUCAUUGUAACGACCAUAGAAUUUGCGAAAUUUUGACUUUAAAAGAAACUGUUGAUGUUUGUUGCAGCUUAUAAGGAAAAUAAGUUGCCAAAGUCACUAUGUACGUUAAAAGAUUUAUUGAAUUCAAAAGCUGUAACACAUAAAGUUUAAUUUGGACAGAAGAUUGGUUUGUCAAUAUGAUGUACACUAGGCAAAAUUGCUUAUCCAAAAAUGAUCAAUUAUCAACCAGAGGCAGGCUACUGACAGAUAACUUGAUGUUACAGAGAUUUCAAAAACCUUCUUUUAAAGUCAGCAUUUCGUAAAUUUUAUGGCCGUUAUUAUGACUUCGUUAGCAAAUGUAACCUGUCAUUGGGUCGUACAUGUAUUCUGGCUUGUUUCACAACAAUUGUUACGCCUUUGUUUUUUUUUUUAAUGAAUUUGACUGUGGUAUGUUCUGUCUUCAUCACGGCGGGUGUGAUCGGUCAAUAGGGAUGCUUUCUUAUCCAAGGCACCAGAUCUCACUUCUGGAAUUUCCAAGGAUCCGUGUUUUGUGCCCUUUUUACAUGUUUGUAUUGUUUGUAGAUUUUUUGAGAUUGAUCCCUGUUCCUUAUCUUUACCUUUAUCAUUGUUAUUCUCGUUUGGUAAUUAAACAUUUGUCUAAUCGGCA